AUGAAGACAUUCUGUGGAAGAGCCAACCCGAGCACCGGAGCCCUAGACUGGGUGGAGGAGAGCGAGGAGUACGACUACCACCAGGAGAUAGCUAGGUCCUGUUAUGCGGAUAUGCUGCAUGACCAUGACAGGAAUAAGAAGUACUACCAGGGUAUCCGGGCAGCGGUAGCCCGAGUGAAGGCCCGCGGUGAGAAGGUGGUCAUCCUGGACAUCGGGACAGGGACAGGCCUACUGUCCAUGAUGGCGGUCACUGCCGGAGCAGACUUCUGCUAUGCAGUGGAGGUUUUUAAGCCCAUGGCUGAGGCAGCUCAGUGCAUCGUGGAGAAGAACGGCUUCUCUGAAAAGAUCAAGAUUAUUAACAAACACUCCACUGAUGUCACUGUGGGGCCAGAUGGAGAUAUGCAAAUGAAGGCCAACGUUCUGAUCACAGAGCUGUUUGAUACAGAACUGAUAGGCGAAGGAGCCCUGCCCAGCUAUGAACAUGCUCAUCAAAAUCUUGUCCAGGAGGGUUGUGAGGCGGUCCCUCACCGGGCCACCGUCUACGCCCGGCUGGUGGAGUCGGAGCUGCUCUGGAGCUGGGCUCAGCUGCAGCCGGUGGAGGUGGAGGGGGCGCGCCUGGCCCCACCCCCCGCUGUGGCCCACUGUGCUGGAGCUCAUGCUGUGUGUGACAUCCAGCUGAGCCAGGUGUCUCCUCACAGCUUCACCCCCCUCGGCCCUCUCUGCACCAUGUUCAGUGUGGAUUUCAGUAAGCCAGUAAGCAGUGCGUUCCAGUCCCACUCCUCCCAGUUUGUGGCUCAGUCCGAUGGUCGGGCCCAGGUAGUCCUGUCUUGGUGGGACCUCGACAUGGAUCCCAGUGGAAGCAUUGUGUGCACCAUGGCUCCCAGCUGGACGUACCCGCAGCCAAAGAUGGCUCCGUGGCGGGACCACUGGAUGCAGAGUGUGUACUUCCUGCCUGUGGAGAGCAGAGUGACAGAAGGAGAGGAGCUGAGCCUGACUGUCUGCCAUGAUGACUACAGUCUGUGGUACAGCCUGCAGUCGCUCAGCCAGCAGGACUUACCGAGCGAGGCGCCUCCCUCUCGGCCCUGUUGUACCUGCCAGGCUCAUCUGGUUUGGACUCGCCCGCGUUUCGGCGAACUCAACGACAGACGGCGUACUGAGAGCUACGUCAGUGCACUGCGCAGCGUCCUGAGGGAGGACAGCGUGUGUCUUGGUGUCAGUGAUGGAAGUCUGCUUCCUGUGUUUGCUCACAUGAUCGGAGCCAAGAAGGUCUACAGUUUGGAAAACUCCAGGAUGUCUAAACAGGUUAUUGAACAGGUGUUGGAAGCCAACUCGAUGAAAGGAGGCGUCGAGCUGCUGGAGAUCAGGCCUAAGCAGCUGACCAGUAAUGAUCUGGGGGGGGAACAGAUCUCGGUCCUGAUGGGUGAGCCGUACUUCAGCACCAGCCUCCUACCCUGGCACUCGCUCUUCUUCUGGUACUGCCGGACGGCGCUGGCAGGCCUCCUCCAGCCCCGCGCCACCAUCCUGCCCUGCUCCGCCACACUUCACAUGGUGGCUGUAGAGUUCCAGGAUUUGUGGAGGAUAAGGGCUCCAUGUGGAACAUGUGAGGGCUUCGAUGUCACACCCAUGGAUGAAAUGGUCCAGCGAUCUCUGGAUUUCCGUGAGUCCCGUGAGGCGGAGCCCCACCCUCUCUGGGAGUACCCGUGCCGUGCUCUGACCCAAGCCACAGCCGUCAUGACCUUUGACUUCACACAGUGUGUCCCUCAACAGCCAAUCAGCAGCCAGGGCUCUCUGCCUUUCAUAAGGAUUGGUCGUUGCCAUGGUGUUGCAUUGUGGAUGGAAUAUCACCUAACCGAUGACAUCACUGUCAGUGCAGGACUGAUUGGACCAAUCAGUGAGCAGGGUGAGUGUGAGUGGAGCCGACACAGGAAACAGGGAGUGUAUUUUUUCGGGUCACCAUGUGAGAGCUCAGGCGAUGGCAGAGCCGCAGUGUCUUACAGCUUCACCUUUGAACCCAGUUUAGGAGACAUUAAGAUGGGCUUCAGCGUAUAGUCUCAGCAGUGAUGUGGAGACUGAAGAACAGACUCUGAAUGCUUUGCUUUUACCUCACGCCCGUCUGCAUUUUGUGCGCACAUUCAUCAUCCAUGGUUCAGCCAAUAUUGUUUGACUGUUCCCACUGACUGGAGUAUCGGACAAAUUGUAAUGGGACUAUUAUCGUCCCAAACACUUGAGACUGUGGAACAUGAAAACUGUCCGUCACAUCCCAAAAUGUUACCAAUGAUUAUCUUAAUAAUUCUAAUUCCCAUAGGCAGCCAGUUAUAUAGUUAGCAAUUCUACAAUAAAUAACAAACAAAUUUAAUCUAUCACAUCGAAGGUGGGUGUCAGUAACUGGUCAAUGUUCAGUGCAAUUAGGGAUGCAAAAUGGGUCAUUACAGCUAAAGAUCCGAGGAACUCAAGUUUGUGUACCAGAGACAACUUCAGUUUUUGUAAGUUAACAGGUCACCUGUCUUGCAAAGCCAAAUGUGUUGUUGAAAUGUUUUAUUAAGUUUUAUAUUUGUUGUCCAGUGCUUGGGCUGAUCUGUUUAAGAACAGACUGUGGGGACUAGCAGGUCAGUGACAUCACCGCUGGGCUCUUCAUACCCAAUAUUAAUGUUUAAUACUGCACGUGUUCACUGAGAAAAACAUUGUUAUUUGCGGUGCUGUUUGCCCAACAGUGACGGAGUAAUGUGCCGAUAUUGAAGAAUGUACCAUCAGAUGAUUUUUAGCCACAUUCAGUGAAAUAAACGGGAUGACUACAAACAGAAA